AUGUGUCCUGCUGUUGCUGCUUCAUCAUCUUCGUCGAGCGUUGCACCUUCCUCUUCAUCGAGCUCUUCCAGCGUGGCUUCCUCGUCAUCUGCUUCCGUCAGCUCAUCCUCGGCUUCGAGCUCGGCAUCUGCUGCCUCAUCGUCUUUCAAGUCGUCAUCUUCAUUGAUCACAUCGACUACUUCAUCCUCAUCAUCCUCUUCUGUCGUCGCUGCCAGUACUGGUCCUGCCACGGUAUCUUUCACCACCACUACUGUUCCUUGGACCGGUACAUACACUGCGACAUCAACAGCAGUUUCUGGCCUGGCCGCUACUGACAGAGUCGCCGGCGCAACAACCACAGUAACAGUUGUUUAUCCUACCCCUGUGACCACUUGUGGAAACCAAGGCAUCAACUUUGCUGCUUAUACCAACAAGUAUUCUGGCGGUCAAGCAACCUACGGCUAUCCCUCUUUCAUCCCCGAGACCUACAAGAAGGUCACACCCUACUUCUCCGAUGUCACAACAUACAUUGCCGAAUCCAACGAUCAAUGGGGUGACUGGAUCAAUGUAUACGGAUACUACCCUGUCGAUGGCUCUAACCUUGUUCUUGACCACACUUUCUACCUGUUUGCCUCGCAGACUGGUUACUAUUCCUUGAACAUCCCUUACACUGAUGACAUCCAGUUUGUCUGGGUUGGCGCUAAUGCCGUCAGUGGAUGGACUCGCGCUAAUGCUGAUAUCACUCAAUUCUGGAGUUCGCAGAUUGCUACACAGACCCCCCAGACAUUGGCCUACUACCUCACCGUUGGCCAAUAUCUCCCCAUCAGAACACUUUGGGGCAACGGCGGAGGCCAGGGAGACAUGCGUUUCAAUAUCUAUGCUCCUGAUGGUAGCAGUGUGCUUUCGAGCAAUGCGGGACAGAAUUCUGGAGUCAGCAGUGUCGACAUCGUGCAAAAUCCUUGCAACAGCGCCCUCGGAGCCAAGUUCCCUACCUGGGGCAAGGAGACUUAA